CGGCGGCGGCGCGGAGCCCAGGGCCAGACCAAAUGAUUUGCGGGGCCGGACGUUCCCCACGCCUGAUAUAGAAGAUCGACUGGACAGCUACCCUCAAGGUGGCACCGCUGCUCAUGGGACUGCCCCGGAGUGUCCUUGUCAGAUGAGGUCCGCGCAUGCACCAUGUCAUCAUGUGUCUCUAGUCAGCCCAGCAGUGACCCGGCCGCCCCCCAGGAUGAGCUGGGGGGCGGGAGCAGCAGCAGCAGCAGCGAAGGCCAGAAGCCUUGCGAGGCCCUGCGGGGCCUCUCGUCCCUGAGCAUCUGCCUGGGCAUGGAGUCCUUCAUCGUGGUCACCGAGUGCGAGCCGGACUGCGCUGUGGGCCACGGCCUGGCUCAGGACCCGCUCCUGGAGGCUGAUGGCCCAGAAGGCCCCCUGGACCCUGGGUCCCAGGCCCGACCCCACCUCUCCAGUCGCAAGCUGUCCCUGCAGGAGCGGUCCCAGCUGGAUGCGAAUGGCCGCUGCAUCCACCCGGCCCAACCCUCCUCACCCGUGGGCUCCCCGCAGUCCUCGCCACGGCUGCCCCGGCGGCCCACCGUGGAGUCCCGCCACGUCUCCAUCACUGGUUUGCAGGAUUGUGUUCAGCUGAACCAGUACACACUGAAGGAUGAAAUUGGAAAGGGCUCCUAUGGCGUGGUCAAGUUGGCCUACAAUGAAAAUGACAACACCUACUAUGCGAUGAAGGUGCUAUCCAAAAAGAAGCUGAUCCGACAGGCCGGCUUUCCACGUCGCCCCCCGCCCCGAGGCACCCGGCCAGCCCCAGGGGGCUGCAUCCAGCCCAGGGGCCCCAUUGAGCAGGUGUACCAGGAAAUUGCCAUCCUCAAGAAGCUGGACCACCCCAACGUGGUGAAGCUGGUGGAGGUCCUGGAUGACCCCAAUGAGGACCAUCUGUACAUGGUGUUUGAACUGGUCAACCAAGGGCCUGUGAUGGAAGUGCCCACCCUCAAACCGCUCUCUGAAGACCAGGCCCGUUUCUACUUCCAGGAUCUGAUCAAAGGCAUUGAGUACUUGCACUACCAGAAGAUCAUCCACCGGGACAUCAAACCUUCCAACCUCUUGGUCGGAGAAGAUGGGCACAUUAAGAUUGCGGACUUCGGCGUGAGCAACGAGUUCAAGGGCAGCGACGCGCUCCUCUCUAACACCGUGGGCACACCUGCCUUCAUGGCACCCGAGUCUCUCUCCGAGACCCGGAAAAUCUUCUCUGGGAAGGCCUUGGAUGUUUGGGCCAUGGGUGUGACACUCUACUGCUUUGUGUUUGGCCAGUGCCCGUUCAUGGACGAGCGGAUCAUGUGUUUACACAGUAAGAUCAAGAGUCAGGCCCUGGAAUUUCCAGACCAGCCCGACAUAGCCGAGGACUUGAAGGACCUCAUCACCCGCAUGUUGGAUAAGAAUCCCGAGUCGAGGAUCAUGGUGCCAGAGAUCAAGCUGCACCCCUGGGUCACGAGGCAUGGGGCGGAGCCGUUGCCAUCGGAGGACGAGAACUGCACGCUGGUCGAGGUGACCGAAGAGGAGGUCGAGAAUUCAGUCAAACACAUUCCCAGCCUGGCGACCGUGAUCCUGGUGAAGACCAUGAUUCGAAAACGCUCCUUCGGGAACCCGUUCGACUGCAGCCGGCGGGAGGAACGCUCGCUGUCGGCGCCCGGAAACCUGCUCAGCAAAAAACCAACCAGGGAAUGGGAGCCCCUGUCUGAGUCCAAGGAAGCACGGCAGCGAAGACAGCCUCCAGGGGCCCGACCCGGCCCUCGCGGGGGAGGAGGAAGUGCUCUUGUGAAAGGCGGUCGGCGGCGUAUGGAGAGUUGGGGGGCCUUGGGCCCUGGCCACCGAGCGCGCAUGCAUCCUCUGCGGCCAGACGACGCCAUGGAGUAGCUGCUGGACGCCCGUGACCUCGCAUGCUGGGUGUCUCACCUCCAGGGCUCGCACCCUGCGUUUCCAUAGCAGCAUGUCCUACGGAAACUGAGCACGCGUGUAGAGCCUUGCCCGUCAUCUCUGGUUGUUUGUUUUUUUGUUUUGUUUUCCUUUGUUGUUUUAAAGGGGACAAAAAAAAAAUACACACCAACCCACAAAACACUCCAUGACCUUGACCUUGGCCGCUGGCUGGCUGAACAGGCAGGUGUGAGGAGUUGCAGACCCAGAGCCACAUGCAUUUUGGGACAGUUUGCUUUUUAAAACAACGUUUUUAUGCCAAAAAAAUCCUUCGUUGUGAACCAGGAACCACGUCAGAUACACCGAGAGAAUGUGUGUGGGGUUUGAAAAUCGUGAAAAACUGGCUGAAAACUCAGAAGGCAUGGCCUGAGACCACAGAGUGAGUGCGUUGCUGUAUUUGAAAGGGAGAAGAGUGGACGUGACUUCCCAUGCAAACCCCAAACCUAAAAGCACACCACCUUCCAGAACCGUGGACUCAAGGCAGCGAGGCAGGGCUAGCCCUCAGUAGCUGCGGGGAGCUUGGAUGCAACCUAUUUGUAAGAAGGACUUGAACAUUUUUUAAUUUUACUUUAUUUUGUUGUGACUGGAAUUGUCAGAAAAACAGAAAGGGCUUGAUGGUGAACUGUUUCACAGAGGGGAUUGUCAACCCUCAAGGGCAUUAGUGGUGGUGGUGGGAGACGUUUUGCUUAAAGGACUUGAAUGCAUACGGGGAGGCGGCUGACCUCUCUUAGCAAA